CGAUGAUAUACGUAAAUUUUCAUUAAAACGAUUUCAGAUUUGGUUCCAUAUAAUACUGGGCUCAAUACGUAAAACUGCUCUUUAUUUAGGGGGUGUUUGGAUUGUAUUCUGGUAUCAAGAAGCCAAUGGAACUUUUCUUGCACGUGUCACGUGAGUCGUGCCGAAUCCAACGAUCGUAGUUCUAGCAAGUGUCAAAUUCAACGGCAACAAGAGACAUACAAGAUAAUCACCCCAAGAAAAAACAAUGUUCCCCGGAGAAGACCUGUUCAUUAGUGAUGAGGAAGUGGAGUACUGUCCAUUAUGUGUGGAGGAAAUGGAUAUUUCCGAUAAGAAUUUCAAGCCAUGUCCUUGUGGAUAUCAGAUCUGUCAGUUCUGCUACAAUAACAUCAGGCAAAACCCGGAGUUGAACGGCAGGUGUCCAGGGUGUAGAAGACUCUACGACGAUGAGAGCGUGGAGUAUAAGACAUUGACUGCGGAGGAGUAUAAAUCCCAACAGGUCAAAAAAGAGAGAAGGGAGCGAGAGAAAAAGCAGAAGGAAAAGGAAAAGAAAGAGCUGGAAAUUGCUAGUAAGAAGCAUUUGGCAGGGCUUCGCGUCGUGCAAAAAAACUUGGUUUACGUCACUGGCUUGAACCCACCUUGCCCUUCGGAAGACUUGCAUUCGAUUUUGCGCUCGGACAAGUAUUUCGGACAGUAUGGGAAGAUCCUGAAAAUUGUUGUCAAUCGAAAGUCGCCGUCGGGUCAUGCGACGCUGAGCUCCAACCUGAGCAUCGUUGUAUAUGUCACAUUCACCAAAAAGGAUGAUGCAUUGAGAUGCAUCAACGAGCUUGAUGGAUCGUUGUGUGAUGGGCGUGUUUUGCGAGCAGCACACGGCACAACAAAAUACUGUCUGUCCUACUUGCGGGGACAUCCUUGCCCAAACCCAAACUGCAUGUUUUUGCACGAGCCUGGCGAAGAGGCAGACUCGUACACAAGAAAGGACUUAUCCACACACCAAGGCAUCAAGAUGGGUAUGAGCGGUCUGCGUAGUGGCAGCAUCACAAACUUGCAAAGCUUUCAUUUCAGUGAGGAUGAUAAUCAACUGGACGAUGAAAGAGGCUAUACAUCGACAUCACAUGCCGUUGCCUCCAAUGCAACCCCUGUGGCCAGCAACGCUGCUCCUAUUCUUCCAGCCACGGCUCAUUGGGCCAAGACUCUGGCAUCUGACUCGGCUAGCGCAUCACCAUCUGUCACCAAUGGAGUGUUGGCCAAUGCGGCCGCAUUUCCUUCAUUGGGUGAGAUUUUCAAAGAGCAAAAAACUCAAAAGAAGGACCCCAAGAAAAGCAAGAGCAAAUCCAAUAAAGAUGGCACAAGCUUACCAGACGAUGUCGACCUCGAGGACGUUUCCGUUCUUAACUUUGUCGAUGAUUGCAGUGAGAGAUUGCGCGCUCUAUCCGACUCCAAUCAGAAACUCAAGGUUCAUUUCGACAACUUGACCGAUGCAUCUAACAUUGCGCCGUUCUUUCACUAUGAUGAGAAACUCAGCAAGCCCCAAAGCUCAUCAUUGGCUGAAGAAAAGGCUUUGGCUAUACAUGUCAUCGAAAAAUACUUGUUGCGGCCAAUGAAAAAGUACCACUUGGCAUACCUGAAUCAACCACAGAAUCUGCACCUGCAGUUUUUGGCCCAGCAAGCUCAUAUUCAGCAACAGCAGCAGGUUCAGUCUCAUACACAAGUCCAACCUGGUAAAGGUUCCAAUCAAAGCCUGUCCCGGGUACCGCUCACAGAAGAAAGAGGAGCUUUAAUUCAGGAGGGCACUUCCACAUCACAGCAGCAACAAAUGCUCAUGAUGCAGCUCCAACAGCAAACCUUGAAAGGGGCAAAAACUCCACAGCAGGCACCCAGACAUCUUAACGCUCAAGUAAACCAAGCGCCUCAACUCGCUUCUCAGCUCAAUGCCUUGAGAAUGAGCGAGAGAAGCAAGACCUCAACCCCGCCCCCUCCGGGCCUUUUUGCAAAAAAUCAAGAUUCAAUCAUUCAUCAUCAUUCGCAAGGCCCACCAUCGUCCAGCUCGCAGUUGUUGACCCAGUUGAUGAGUGGUAAGAAAUAAAUGAUUGGCGGAUGUAUAGCCACAACUGACUUCAACAAAGCAAUUAAUUUAGCAUCAUAUAUUACAUAUAAU